AUGAUUAAGAUCAUUAAAGAUUCCGAUUCACCUCAUUAUUCUUCUGAUACAAGAAUUUUAGUUAUAGUUCCUCCUUCAUUAUUUGAAGAAGAUUUCAAGAACAUAUUACCUUGGAAAUUAGCUACUGCUAAAUAUGCUCAAACUUGUGUUAAUUUAGCAAUUGAACUAAAUAUUCCGUAUAACUUCUUCGUUGAUGGUUUACAUUAUCCAAUCUUGGAAGUGAAGUAA